AUGUCGGUCAUUCCUCCUCGUCGUAAUCGGACCGUCGUGGAACAAGGCCCGGAGCGCGCAGUGUUUUCUGAUAGCUCAAUACUGCAUGGCCAUCCCCCGAUCAUCAGGACUCGUUCGCAGCUAAGGCUUGAGGGAAUUUUACAGGGUGCGAAUCAGGCGCUGGCACAACCAGGCCAUGGCAGGCCGGGCCAGCCAUCUAGUCGCAAAUUCCGUGACCAGAAACCCCGUCUCUUAUUGAUGGGACUCCGUCGGAGUGGCAAGUCUUCGAUCUCUAGCGUAGUCUUCCACAAGAUGCCUCCCACGGAAACCCUUUUUCUGGAGUCCACCACCCGGAUACAGAAGGAUUCCAUACACUCAUUUAUGGACUUCCAGGUCUGGGACUUUCCCGGUCAGCUGGAAUACUUGGAACCGUCUUUCGACCUGGAGGCUAUCUUCGGUACACUGGGAGCGCUGGUCUGGGUGAUCGACGCGCAGGAUGAUUACCUAGACUCGGUGGCCCGGCUGAAUCGCACGAUCCUCACGGUCCAGCAAUACUACCCGAACAUCAACAUCGAAGUAUUUAUCCACAAGGUCGACGGCCUGUCGGAGGAGUACCGCACGGAUACCUUCCAGGACAUCGUGCAGCGUAUCUCAGACGAGCUCAGCGACGCAGGAUACGAAAACGCCCCUGUGCAUUACUAUCUGACCUCCAUCUAUGACUACUCAGUCUUUGAAGCCUUCAGCAAGGUCAUUCAGAAGCUGAUCCCGCAGCUCCCGACGCUGGAAAACCUAAUCAACAUCCUGGCCAACAACUGCGGGUUUGAGAAGACGUAUCUCUUCGAUGUCCUCAGCAAGAUCUACAUCGCGUCCGAUACGCGUCCGGUUGAUAUGGCCUGCUACGAGAUGUGUUCGGACUACAUCGACGUCAUCGUGGACAUUUCCGAGCUGUAUUCAUGGGACCACCCGGACCGCAAGCCCAAGGGCGAGCAGAUGCGUGAAGCAGAGAGCCACGUGAUCCUGCACGAUCACAGCAUGAUCCACCUAAUGGAGAUGAACAAAUAUCUCUGCCUCGUCUCGGUAAUCCGCAACCCGGAAGCGAAGGAAAAGAAGGGCCUGAUCGACAUGAACUGCCGCAUCUUCCAGGAUGCUCUGAACGAAAUCUUCUCACGCGGCUGGGAACAAGAGGAAUGA